AUGAGUUUGAGAAAAACAUCUCUGCUUUUUUAUUUUCUCUUCUUCUUUCAUUUUCAACACAACCUUCUCUCCGUAGAUUCACGAUCCUUACGUCAAGCCUCCGUUGACACGAGCCACGUUACCUCCAUACCAAAAUUAGCAGUCUUUAUCAGGAAAGGCGGUGGCGGUAGGGGAGGAGGCGGACGCGGUGGCGGUGGCGUUGCAGGCAAGGCAGUUGGGCACGGUGGUCUUAAGCAAGCUCGCAGCGGGCUAGGUGGUUAUCCGUUUUUCGUGGUUGCGUCACACCAGAGCGCUAAUCCUUCAAGCGGUAGCCGGAAUCUUGGAUGGACAGGGCGUGGUUUCGGUUGGUUGACUUUAUCGGUCUUCACCGGAAUAGUUUUGGUUUCAUAG